ACGGUUAAACCGGGCGUAUACGUGCUUUUUUGUUUGCUUUUAUAACAAAUCAAAUACAAAUCCCUAUUAUCAGCAAUGGCGGAUAGCAAAAUACCUGAGUGGGUCACUGCGGAACUAUUCGAGGAUGCGCUUAAGGCGAGUGUGGAGGGUUACACCAAGGUUAGGAGCUUCAAGGCGGAAAUAGGAACCGCCGCGGGCGAAAACUAUGCCACCAUUAUGCUGCGGGUUCACAUCGAAGUGGAGCUUCAGGAUGGUAAGAUCAAGCCGGUGUCCUUCAUGGUCAAGUUGCCACAUCAGCUGGAGAUGUACCAGCAAAUGAUGAAACACACGAAUAUCUUUGAAAGCGAGAGCACCAUGUACACCCAAGUGGUGCCCGAGAUGGAGGCACUCUACAAGGAGGCCGGUUUGGAGGUCAGGUUCGGUGCCAACAGCUACAAUCUCAAUAAUGCCCAGAGUGAUUACGUUGCUUUGGAGGAUUUGAGCGUCCAGGGAUUCAAGAAUACCAAUCGCCUUGAGGGACUCGACCAAGCGCACACGGAAAGAGUGCUCCGCAAGUUGGCCCAGUGGCAUGCAGCAACUGCGGUACGGAUAGCCACCAAAGGACAGUAUCCGGAGAUCUUGCUCAAGGGCUUCUUUAAGGUGGAAAAUAAGCCAAUGAUGAACGAGAUGAUGAAAGGCAUGGGCCAGAGAUUCUUUCAAUGCUGCACCACCUACGAGGGUCACGAAGCGUACAUAGACAAGAUCAAAGCCCUAAAGCCGGUGAUAAUAGACGAGAUGUUCAGGCUGGGUCAGGUCGAUCCCACGGAGUUCAAUGUGCUGAACCAUGGCGAUUGUUGGUCAAACAACAUCAUGUUCCAAUACGAUGACUUGGGCAAAAUCAAGGAGGUCUACAUGGUCGACUAUCAGGUGCCCAAGUAUGGAUCUGUCGCCCAAGAUCUACUCUACUUCCUGGUAUCGUCCACAAGACUGGAGGACAAGUUGAGCAAGUUCGAUUAUUACAUUAAGUUUUACCACGAUAAUCUGGUGGAGCACCUGAAGAUCUUGAAAUACUCCAAGCCUCUGCCAAGUCUAAAGGAGAUUCACAUGGCGCUAUACAAAUACGGGCUUUUCGCUUAUUCCGUGGCCACUGGAGUUAUGGCCGCCAUUCUGGUGGAUCCCACAGACAAAGCCAGCUUUGAGAACUUCCUCAGUGAUUCCGCCGAUGGAGCAGAUUUCCAGAUGCAAAUGUACAACAAUGCUCGCUACCGGAAACACAUCCAACUGAUUCUGCCCUGGCUGCUUAAUAGAGGAGCCUUGGAUAUCAGUCAAGACUAGAUGCGAAUUAAACCAAUUUAUUGUUAAAUUGGAAGACCUGAACACUAUAUUCCCCCCGAGACAUAAGACCUUGUAUAAAAGUAUUA